ACUAGCGUCACGACGCACGGGGGCGUGACGUAGCGACGCACGGUGCGUAAUAGCUGACGGGAGGCGGAAGAGCGCCGUGUUUUCGUCACCGGAUCUCGGAGUGAGUCGUGGCCGGUGAGAGGAGCUGCCUGUCCGGUGAAACUCUCUCAGGAGUCCCGCGGGGAGCCAUGGCGGCUCUGUCGGCUCAGUGUGAUGAAGACUGGCAGGACUUUAACGAGUUUACAGCGGCCACGGAAGACACGCCGGAGCCGGAGAGCUCGGAGCCGGGGGAGCCGGGGCCUGAGCGGGAAUUCUCAGCUUUGUGCUCCGGGGUGGAGAGCUCUGUGGCCGGGGAGAGGAGCUCUGUGGCCGGGGAGAGGAGCUCUGUGGCCGGGGAGAGGAGCUCUGUGGCCGGGGCGGAGAGCAGCUGGAGCACCGCGGAGGACCUGCUGCAGGACUUCCAGCAGAAACUCAGCCUGUGUUUCACAGAUAACUGCACUGACACUGACAACAUGUCCGAUAUCAAACCCAUCACCGAGGAGAACUUACUCAGAGAGGACGAGAUAUGGAACGCUCUGACGGAUAAUUUUGGGAACGUGAUGCCUGUGGACUGGAAGACGUCUUACAUUCGUUCUCUCCAUCUUCCAUCCCUCAAUCUCGUCCAGCAAGCGAACGUGGACAGUGUGAAUCUGGACCUGUCUGAUGAUGAGGAGCUCAGGGAGCAGAUGGACCUUCACUCCAUCAUCGUCUCCUGCGUUAAUGAGGAACCACUGUUUACUGCAGAACAGGUGAUCUCAGAGAUUGAGGAGAUGAUGCAGGAGUCUCCAGACGCAGACCCGGAGCAGUGUGUGUCUCCGCCAGACCUGUCCAUCCUGUCCCAGGAGCUACACACACUCACACACUCCUCAUCCACCAGCAGCUACGAAGAACGUCUGCGUGGGAUGAGUGUGUGUGAGCUGGAGGCGCUGCUGGACGAGGUGGAGAAGAAGAUCCGGGUGUUCUCUGAGGAACUGAUCGAUCAGCUGGCUCUGCGUGAUGAGCUGGACUUUGAGAAGGAGGUGAAGAACACUUUCAUCUCGCUGCUUAUCGACGUACAGAACAAACAGAAGGAGGUGAUGAAGAGGAGGAGGAAGGGCAGGAGCACGGCCGGGACGCCCAAGGGAGAGCGCACACACGCACCCGGGACUUAUUUAACUACAGUUAUACCCUAUGAGAAGAGAAGCGGCGCUCCAUCAGUUGAAGACCUGCAGAUCCUCACCAAGAUUUUACAUGCCAUGAGGGAUGACAGUGAUAAAGUUCCCAGCUUGCUGACGGAUUACAUCCUAAAAGUCUUGUGUCCUACAUAACCUGGAUGAACAGAAUUUUCCAGGAAGAUCCAGAUGAAUCAUGGGAUUGCGUUCUUCCUCCAGAAGCCAGAGAUUUUUUUAUCCUGACCCUUUAUUUCUCUAUUUCGCUGUUUUAAUGUGCUAGUAAAGUUAUUUUUAUAUUCUCCGCGUA